AUGAAUUCAAUAACAGAUAAGAACAUAUGUAGAAAGCAUUUGCGAGAAGAUGAUGAUGAAUUAUAUGAGGAAUUUGAAAGUGGGAAGCUGGGGAAAAGAAUGAGAUUGGAUAGUAUUUUUGAAGGAUUAUCACUUUCAGGAGAAAAACCAACGAAUUCUCGAAGUUCCGGUUCGAUCCUUGAGGUUCACCCUUCGUUGAAGCUUAAAUAUUCUAUAUCCAAGGCUAAAAUACGACUGGAUAAGGUUGUAGAAGAGGGGGAACUUAAUUCAUUUAUAGCGAGCAAGCUCUACCUGCACUUUAGAGAACUCUAUUCAGAACAAGGGGCACUUAUUCCAUGGUAUAGUCCAUACUGGAUAAUUAUAUAUCAUUUCCAAAGAUGGGUACUUCGAUUAUUCAACAGAUUUUAUCGCAAGUAUCACCAAAGAAUUGGAGCACAAACGGUGAAACCAUUCCGAGAUUUUGGACUGCUUUUAGACAUGGUAAAUUCUCCAAGUGCAAGUUUUGGAUGGCCUGAUUUACAAAGAGUAUUGGCUGAAGAGGGACGUUUAGAAUGGUUACGAUUACAAAAACGGAUGAAGUCUCGACUACAGAAAAGAAAAAAAUUGGAAAAUGACGAAUUUAGUGAACUAACAAGAGACUUAUCGUACAACUACUGGGAUAAACUCAAGUAUUUGGGAGAGGAUGUAAACAUGUUCGAUUAUGAAGGCCAAGAUCAGCGACAUGAAAUGAAAAUUGAAGAGCUUGUGCUGGAUACUGAGUCCAUGGAAAUUGAUGAAUAG